UAAAAGGGCCUGAAAAUCACAUGUUUAAACAGAGUGUAAAGUCGAAUCUAGGUGAGGCUGAGCCUCAAUUGAGCGAAUCUAAGUGAGGCUCGAGCCUCACGGGUCUCAGUGGCUCCGCCGCCACUGAUUCGACUAAGUCUGCGAAACCCUUUUUAAGUUCAGUACGUUCUUACGAAACCGGAAAGGUUCUUCCCCUGGGCAAAGGUUCGCUAAUAUACCUUUUUUAGAAUCUAGUUGCUUGAUAAUCCUUGACAGUCGUAAAUAUCUUGGCAGCAUGCAAUUUUGGGUUAGCAUCGUGAUAAUCCUUGAAAGUCCGUAACAGUUGUGAAUCCUCGGAACGUUUGGUUUUCUUGAGUUUCCUCGUAAUCCUCGACGGUCCUAAUUUGAGUCCUAAUUUGAUGGAAGUGCUUGGAUUCCUUCGAUCUCUUACUUACAUGGUAAUCGUUGCUGAUCCUUAAGUGCUCUGGAUAGUAGGAUUUCUGGAAUUUCGUAGUUUACUGAUAAACGUUGGCAGACGUGAAUUACGUGAGUUCCUUGCAAUCCUCAUAAUUCCUCUGUUUCAUGGAGAGCCUUGAGGUAAAAUAAUAGCAUGGAUUGCUUGAACUUCUUGGAUGUGUUUGUUUUCUGUUAUCCCUGGACAUUGCUUAAUUGUUGGGAAUGCAUGGAAUUUUAUGUGCGUGGGUGGGGUCAUUUUAGGUUACAAGUCUAUUGGCCCUUGGAAACCCGGUAGAUCGAAUCUCUAUAGUUCAGCAGUGAUUCAUCCGAUCGAUCUGAAAUUUUUACCCAAGACAGAAUAUCCUGAGAGAAGCUUUUGUUUUUGAUGGGUCGUGGCAAAGAUUUUGGUUUACUGAUCACCGACCCUGAAGGGGAUAUGCUCAACAUCAGCGUUCGGAAAAAUUGCAAUUCAAUCGUUUGGACAUCAGAAAUCGAAGGUCAUAUAGAGAUAUCUCUUUCCUGAAAGUUCCAUUAAAAACGAACGCUGUUUGACGAAAUGGAACGUGUUUUAGUAACGGUUACUACAGUGACUUUUUCUUUUGAGGUGUGAGUUUCCUCUUCAUCCAAACCCACACAUCCCACACUCCACACCCUCGAUCAAUCGUCGUUUACAAAGCUGAAGAUUUGACUAAAAUAUUUCUCUUCUUACAAAUCAGAUUUCCACCAAAAGAAAAUUGGAAACGAUGUUAAUUUUGCCAAAAUUUAACUUUUCACUUUUUUUCUCUCUAUGGUCUCUCUGUCUUUAUCUUCCCUCUUAUUUUGUCAUUUUAUCGUGUUCUUUCUCUCUGUUUCAGUUCAUCCGUUACGUGGAAGUUCCAUUGACAUUCAUCCAAAUGCUCGAUGGCAACAGAAUGGUCUCACUGUGGCUGGAGGAAAUGGAUAUGGCAAUGGAAUCAAUCAACUCUACUACCCAUGGGGUUUGUAUGUUGAUGAUGAUGAUCGGACAAUCUAUAUCGCUGAUGCAUCGAAUCAUCGUAUUGUGGAAUGGAAAUGGGGUGCGACGAGUGGCCAAGUGGUUGCCGGUGGAAAUGAAGAAGGAAGUGAGACUCAUCAGUUGUCUUACCCAUUUGAUGUGAUUGUCGACAAAGAGAGAGAUAGUCUCAUCAUCUGCGAUAGUUCGAAUAGAAGAGUGGUUCGAUAG